AUGAGGGAUCAAGAAACGGAUAGGGAGGGGAAUGGCCUUUCCAUUAUUGGUGGACCAUCCCUUGAAUUGAACCGGUCACGGAGCUCUCCAUUGAGUUGUUUAGGUUCUGGAAUUCCAUCUCUAGUUGGGGGUUUAAGUUCGAAGGUUAUCAAAUGUGGUGCGGGUUCAUCUCUCUCGACCAGUUCAGACCGGACCCUUAGACCGUCUCCUGAAAGACCUGCUUAUCCCGCAUGUGCUUUCGGAGCCCCCCACUCAUUCAAUCACUUGCUUGUGAUUGCUUGCAGCCAUUCCCCGAAAAAGGGAGAGACGAGGGAAUCGUCCGCUCCCGUUCAUGUGACGAAUCGAACAUCGUUAGGUCCCGAAUUCUGCGAACCACCGGACCUAGACCAAGAUCUCCAUUACGUCGUACGAUAUAUCGAUCCGAAGAACUGA